CCUCUGAAACAUUCAACCCUCUUACAUUACAAGGAAUUCCAUCACCUAGCAACUGGGCUCUGGAAGCAUUCCCAUGGCAACUGCAUCCCUGGCAGUUGGCUACCAAUUGAAGGAGCAUCUUGGUUGCAUCCUACCCCCACAGGACAGGGCUUGAAAGGGAAGGAAGGGGCUGAUGAUCCAAAAUGGAAGAGAGCUGUCGCACCCCCAGGAACAGCCCUCCUCAGGACGAUAAAGCUGCCCCAACUGGCUUUGCACCCAGAAUAUCGGAAGCCAUGGCUGAGUACUUGGUGAACACUGUGGCCGGCACUGCCAAAAUGGUCCAGGCUUCUGUGGAAGCGCAAAAGUCUGCUCAGCUCGCUUGUUUCCAUGCAGAGCAGUCCCUGGCCCAGGCCCGGCUGAGCUACAUGGCAGCCCGGGGGUUGGCCGAGCGACUCUUGGGGUUCCUGAACCCCCCUGACUACCAAGGGCUCUUCCAGCUCCUGACAGAACCUCCGCUACCCUAUUCUGAAUUCUGCACCAUCAUCCGACGUACAGAAAAUGCACUCCUGCACCCUGUUCUGAAGUGCAAGCCAGGAUUCCCAGCCAGACGAGAACCCAGCCCAGGCUCUGAAUUCACCUGUCCACCAGAUCUUAGUGAUGAUGGCCUUCAAGGAGGGGGUCAUGACUUCCGGUGCUUCAUAUCCUCUUGUGCCUGUGAAAGAGAUGUGGACUGCACAGAGGAAGAGGAGGGUCUGUCUCUGCAGAUUCGAGGGCGAAACCCCUCACGCCAUAAGCAAGUGGAGACUGUGCUUCUGGAAGAUCAGAUGGGGUAUGUGACCCAGCGCCGGCCCCGACGGUCCCCCUCGGCUGGCGUGGAGGGGCUUUCUCCCCUAGUAUCUGAGCAGGACCUCAACACCAUUCAGCCCCUGAUCUGCUGCCCGUCCCGCCAGGGUGGGCCAGGCAAGUUCCUGAGCAAAGUGUCUCGGCGCAAGGAUCCGCCUCAGCCGGAGAAUUCGGACAGCGACCCCGACCAGCCAGAGGCUUUGUCUGAGGACACCUGAUCAACCUGGCUCCAGACCCACUGUAUUCACAAGAGAGAAUAAUAAACACUCCGCUUGAA